ACCUGUACCGGCUUCACUCAGCCGUUACUCUGCGACGUCACACAGCUAACGUUAGCCUGGGCCUGUCCCGUUAACGUCGGGCUAAGUCGGAACAUAAACCAAACUCUACCAUGCAUAUGCCAGCGUCAAACGGAGCCAUAAUGGACUUACAGUCGCAGACGGUGAAAAUUAAAGCACACUACAGCGGGGACAUGUUGAUCACAGACUUGGCUGCAACAGUAACCUUUGUGGAGUUGUGUGAGGAGGUGAGAACCAUGUGCAGCGUUGCCAAGCAGCAGCCCAUCACGCUCAAGUGGAUCGAUGAUGAAGGAGACCCUUGUACCAUCUCAUCUCAGAUGGAGCUGGAGGAAGCAUUUCGUAUUUACAAUCGAACCAAAAAGUCUGGACUCCUGCUGCAUGUGUUCCCGAGUAUACCGGAGCGACCUGGCAUGCCCUGCCCUGGAGAGGACAAAUCGAUCUAUCGCCGCGGGGCCAGAAGAUGGAGGAAACUCUACCGAGUCAACGGGCACCUCUUCCAGGCCAAGCGCUUUAACAGGAAAGCCUACUGUGGCCACUGUAGUGAAAGGAUAUGGGGGCUGGGCAGGCAGGGCUACAAGUGUAUCAACUGCAAACUGCUGGUCCAUAAGCGCUGUCACAGACUCAUCCCUCAGACCUGCCAAAGGCUUAUGGAUCCAGUCAUGCCAUCACAGGAGCCCCCUUCAGAUGCCAAGAGCGAAGAGGUGGAUCUUCCACCAGAUGACACAGAGGACACAGAUGGGAUACCUUUUUUACCACACAACUGUACAGUGGACAAAACAGAAGAUGCAGAUACAGAGGUGAGCUUUAUCUCACUUCAGGACAUCAAGGCAGUAGUGGACGGCCUGGAUGGCAUUAAGCUGUCUCAGGGCAUCGCUCUGGGGCUGGGCGACUUUGACCUGAUCCGAGUAAUCGGGCGUGGCAGCUACGCCAAGGUCCUGCUGGUUCGGCUUAAGAAGAACGAGCAGGUUUACGCCAUGAAGGUGGUGAAGAAGGAGCUGGUUCAUGAUGAUGAGGAUAUUGACUGGGUGCAGACGGAGAAGCAUGUGUUCGAGCAGGCGUCCACCAAUCCGUUCUUAGUAGGCCUCCACUCCUGUUUCCAGACAGAAAGUCGGUUAUUUCUUGUGAUUGAAUAUGUGAAUGGCGGGGACUUGAUGUUUCAUAUGCAGCGACAACGGAAGCUCCCUGAAGAACAUGCAAGAUUUUAUGCUGCUGAAAUUUGUAUCGCUCUGAACUUCCUGCACGAAAAAGGAAUCAUCUACCGUGACCUGAAGCUGGACAACGUUCUCUUGGACCACGAGGGACACAUCAAGCUCACAGACUAUGGCAUGUGCAAGGAGGGGAUCAGACCAGGUGACACCACCAGUACUUUCUGUGGAACGCCCAACUACAUAGCACCAGAGAUCCUGAGAGGAGAGGACUACGGCUUCAGUGUGGACUGGUGGGCUUUGGGUGUGCUGAUGUUUGAGAUGAUGGCUGGGAGGUCUCCGUUUGACAUCAUCACCGACAAUCCUGACAUGAACACAGAGGAGUACCUCUUUCAAGUUAUUCUUGAGAAGCCCAUUCGCAUCCCAAGGUCUCUCUCGGUGAAAGCUGCCAGCGUGCUCAAGGGCUUUCUAAACAAGGAUCCCAAGGAGCGUAUGGGAUGCCAGGUCCAGACAGGCUUCACAGAUAUCAAGUCACACACAUUUUUCCGCAAUAUAGACUGGGAACAGCUGGAAAAGAAAGAGGUGACGCCGCCCUUCAAACCUCAAAUCUCCGAUGACUACGGCCUCGAAAACUUUGACACGCAGUUUACUAAUGAACCAGUGCAGCUAACACCAGAUGAUGAGGACAUCAUCAAGAGAAUAGACCAGUCUGAGUUUGAGGGAUUUGAAUACAUCAACCCCCUGCUGCUAUCCACAGAAGAGUCUGUAUGAAGGGGAGACCAGCUUCCUCCUUCGCCCACCUACUGUCUGUCCAAGCUGCCGUCU